CACGGCCUAGCUACUUCACCCAGAAGUUUGCUGGCCCCUCGGACCUCGCCGCCUUGCCUCGGACCUCGCCUGGACGCCUCACCUGGACACCUCGCCAAAAAAGCCUCCGGCUUGCCUUGCCUCGACUCCUCGCCUUGCCUGGACACCUCGCCGACUUCUACUUGCUGAAAAAUCCUCCAGCUUGCUUACCUUCUCUGAAGAGACGAAAUCCCCAGCCGCUGCUUAUAACGUCUGCCUCCUUCGCUUCCUGCAAUCCCUGUUAUCGAUUGCAUCGGCUAGCAGUAUUUCUUCAUCAGUGAGGCUGUGAGCUACUGAUUCUGCCUGUUCUGUCCCUUCAACUGGGAAUGGAAGCUAAUCAGUGUACCAUUUGCUGGAUACCUCUUUCUUUUGUAACUGUUAUUAUGAUAAUUUCUUUACUAAAAAAUGUUUUAUACUUCUUAAAAAACAAGAAACAAAAAGGCAAAAGUUGUGAAGAUUAUAAUGAAUAUUAUUUAAGUAAUGAGGAAUUUCAUGAAGAAGCUUGUCCAGUUUAUGACAAUCUUAAUCACUACCAACAGGAGAUGCUAAAUGAAAGUUGCUAUGAGCAAAUGAAUGUCCCUUCUCCUAGAUCCACCACUGAUGUACAGCAGAUAGCUGAACGCCAAAUGUGUUACGCUUCCCUUGAUCAUAGUGUCCGAAGAAAGCACAAAAUUCAGCCCAAAAAGAAAUAUCCUACAUUAGAAAUGGGUGAAAAUCAACUUACCAAAAACAACUCCACGCUGUCUUGCAUUUAUCUCAACAGUGAACAACUGAGUGCUGAAAAUAAGUUGUCUGAAAAUACUUCUGAUUGACUCAUUCAAAGAGUUUGGUUUAAAACACAAUGCAAAUGUCAUGUUUUAGUAACCGAAUCAUUUUCUCAAUUUAAACAUUCACUGAGACAGUCAAUUACCAAGUUAGAUAAAUGAUUGUGUGAACAAAAUAAUUUAUGCCAUUGAGUUCUGUAGAAGAAUGAUUCAUAUAACUUUUUGAGACUUUAGUUACAUUUUGACAUGGUGCUCAGAAGAGUCUGGAUCAUGCAAGAAGUUGUCUGGGCAAUGGAGAAACUUGCUUGGUCCUUUAACAGGCCAGUGUGGAACUGGUUAUAUCCUCCAUCUGGUUCAUAUAUAAGUAGGAGCCAAAUUACUGUCUUUAUUAUAAAGCAGUUAUAUUCCAUUAUAUAUCGGAAUAUCGGGGCCGUGGUGGCUCAGGCUGUAAGAUAGCCUGUUAUUAAAACACAGCAGCCUGCAAUUACUGCAGGUUCUAGUCCCACCAGGCCCAAGGUUGACUCAGCCUUCCAUCCUUUAUAAGGUAGGUAAAAUGAGGACCCAGAUUGUUGGGGGGGCAAUAAGUUGACUUUGUAAAUAUACAAUAGAAUGAGACUAUUGCGUUACACACUGUAAGCCACCCUGAGUCUUUGGAGAAGGGCGGGAUAUAAAUGUAAAUAAAUAAAUAAAUUAGAUUAGAAUCACUAACAACAAUUUUGCUAACUUUCUGAGAAAAACUUACUCAUUCAGCUCUGCUUAGUAUAAUUAUAACUUGCCAUACUGCAGAUGUAAUAACAUCAGGAAAUAUUUAAGGUUAAUUGGGGAAUAAUGUAUCAGCUUUGAUUCAUCUAAUUAACAGUUGUACAGCUAGCAAAUGUAAUGUCGGCAUGUAUUUAGUUUCCUGCUAGUUAAGAACUGUUAAGUCAAUCCCAAUUACUCAAUGAGUAUGUAAUGUCUUGAGCAUCUGAAUUAAAUGGUCUGUAAAGAAAGUAGUAAAUGAGGUAUAAAAAUAAAUCUCCAAGGAAGAAUUUGACAUUUUUCAUUGUAUUUAAGUGAUUGCUAUUGACUUUUACACCACUCUUUUAUAGUGUAUUCUAUAAGAAGUGAUAUUCCUAAUUGCUCCCCAGAUAUACCUGUUCAACUCAGUCCAAAACAUUGUCUUGCAAUAAAAACUACAUGAAUGCAUUGGAAAUCUCAUAAUAUAGCAAUGAAGUUUGAAUUAAGCAUAGUUUAUUUUCUUGAAAUUAGUUGGUGACCUUUAAAUCUGACACACUUUUUUGGAUUACUAGUAAUGGUUGCUUUUUGUUUAUAGUGAACAAAUUCGAGAGAAAAUUUAUAUAGCUGGUGUAGUUCUAGGAAGUCAAUAUUUAAAUACGACAUUUUAUCUAAUUUGACAUGAAAAUAAACCACCAGUUCCAAAAUAUGUAUUAUGUAAUGCUUCUUCUAAUAAUUAUUUAAUAAAUGUAUUUUAACUUAUCAAUAAAGGAUUUGUAACUCAGGGUUGAAAUGAGAGCUCCUUGGUGCUCUCUGAGCUUGCUUCUUUUUUUGCAGA